AUGCCGAAUACACGUAAAAACAUUGAAUGUGAGGUGUUUGGAGCACCAACAGAACUUAAGUGCAACAUUCUUCCGACUUACGGCGAUGUUAUGAGAGCGUAUUUGCAGUACAGACAAAUAGGUAAAGACGAUAAUAAUGGCAAAGAUCCGAGUGUAAGUGAAGUCUCUAAAAAAGUUAUAUCUGCAUUGAAAACCAUUUCGGAAAAUGCUUCUUUACAAGUGUGUAAAUAUUUUGACUCCUGCAAAUGCAAAAUUAAAGUGCUUAAAACUGAACACGUUGACGUUAAAUUGACAAAGGUUUUAGAAAAACGUAUGCAAAGAAAGAUCAAAUCGAUAAAGCAGCUAGGGAACCAAAGCGAUCCAGAGAAAUCGGAGCUUGUAGGAAAAGUUACUGUUCUAGAUGCAACUUCCUCGCAGAUGGUCCAUCAACUUCAAAAGCAAGACAAAAGGAAACUUCGAGGAGUGGAUUUUAGAAAUUUGGCAGAGGCUUGCGAUCGAACUGAAGUUUCCGAUAGAUGUGCUUCCUUUUUAGCGAAUGCCGACUUGCAAAAUCUCGGCGUUGUCAGUAGGAACGACCCUUCAAAACUUUUAAACCGUAGUAAAUUGAGGAGAGAACGAAAGAGACGAAGUUCUGAGAUAAAAAAGGAAUCAACGAGAAAUUUGGAAAUUACAGGGCUCUACUUUGAUAGUAGAAAGGAUAGAACAUUACUGACGGAGAAAAAAGGAAGCACUUAUCAUAAACGGUACGUUUUGGAGGAACAUAUUGUUCUUAUUGCAGAACCUGGAUCUAUUUAUCUCGGGCAUGUAACUCCUAAUUCCGGCAAUGCUAAAGACAUAACAUCAAGUAUUAUGAAUUGUUUAAGAGUUAACCUAGGACCUGUUGACGAAAUUUCUGCUGUUGGUUGCGACGGAACUGUCGUGAAUACAGGUUUCAAGAACGGAGUUGUUAAGCAAUUGGAAAAAGCUAUUGGAUACUCGUCACAAUGGCUGAUUUGCCUACUGCAUGCCAAUGAACUUCCACUUUGA